CCAUCUUCAAAUCACCAGUUUCUUCAUCCCCCGUCUUAUCCUCUUUCCUCGUUCUGUUCCAGACAAAAGAGAGAACUCAAUGUCGUGAGUGAUGUCUCUUGAACAAUGCAACAAGAAUCUCUCUCUUUCCUCUCCUCCACUCUCCCUCCCCGUAACCACCACCACUACCAUCACUUCCCUCCGUUUUUUUCCCGCCUCCGCCUCCACAACUUCCCCUCUCUCUCCUUCAAACCAAACACUUCUUCUCCAUCAAUCUUCUUCACUCCCAACCCUCCGGACUCCUCACUCUCCUCCCCGUCCGUCGCCGGAACCCUAGAAUCCGACAUCCACGAGAAGCUCCUCUACCUCGACUCCCUCGGAAUCGAUUUCCUCGCCCUCAUCAACCGCCACCCUCCCCUCCUCUCCUCCCCACUCUCCUCCCUCAAAUCCGUCGUCGACUACAUGACAACCCCGCCGAUCAACUUCUCCUUACCGGACCUCCGCCGCAUCGUCUCCAUGUGCCCGGAGCUCCUCUCCUCCUCUCUAACCUCCCACACCAUCCCCGUCAUCACCUUCCUCCUCCGCGAAGCCGGCGUCGACUCCACCUUCGACCUCCGGCAAGCCCUCCGCCGCCGUCCCCGCCUCCUCGCCUGCAGCGUCGACCUCCAGCUGAGGCCCGCGCUCUACUUCCUCCGCGGCAUCGGGAUCGCGGAGCCGCGGAGGCACACCUACCUCCUCUCCUGCAGCGUCGAGGGGAAGCUCCGCCCGAGGAUCGAUUACUUCGAGAACAAGCUCGGAUUCUCGCGGCGGAGCGCCUCCGCGAUGUUUAAACGGUUCCCGCAGCUGUUUAACUACAGCAUCGGCGAGAACUACGAGCCGAAGCUGGGGUACUUGACGGGGGAGAUGGGGAGGGACGCGAGGGAGGUUCUGGAGUUUCCUCAGUAUUUCUCGUUUAGCUUGGAGAACCGGAUUAAACCGAGACACGUGGCUUGCGCGGCUAAGGGGGUGAGGCUGCCUUUGGCGGUGAUGCUGAGGACGAAGGAAGAUGGGUUUCGGGAUGCGUUGGAGGUACAUUUUGUAUUGAAUGAUUCUGAAGAACUCAAAAGAAUGAAGAAACCGGACGUCCCUGCCUUACGUUUUGAGAGAGGGAUAAGUUUACAAUGUGAGUUAGUUCAGUGGAAUGAAAUGAGAAAGAUUGAGCUCGAGCUAUCAAGUGGAUGCAACUCUGCAACCACUUAGAGUGUUAUAGAAUUGCAGGGGAAGAGGUUAUGAUUGUGUACUAAUUAACUGGACAAUUGGGUUUAAAUCUUGCCAAUCUGAAUCUCUGUUUUACAUG